UGAGUGCGCGUGUGGAUUUCAACCUUUUUUUUCUUUGGAGGUUUCUAUAAAACCUCUUCGUUCCAGCUCAAGUACUCACACAUUAACAUCUCUGUUUCUCCUCUGUUCCAUUCUCUCUAUAACCUUUCAUUCCCCCAACUCUUAUCUAUUAUUAUCCAAAACUCUCAAAACCUUGAGGUUGAAGAGAAAGAAAAUGACUAAACAGAAUGUGGUGGUGUCUGAUUGCUCAUCGCGCAGUGGCAUGGUUACAGUGGCUGCAUCAACAUCGGCACUGUUCUCACCACCAGAAGCGUUGGCUGCACUUGGUGGUCAUAUUGCCAUGUCUGAAAAGAAGCUCCUUAAGAGGCUUGAAGCUGGAGGAGGCAGAGUCAAUGCUUGGGUUGAUUCAAUGAGAGAUUCCUCACCUUCUCGAAUAAAAUCCACAACUGAAAAAGAGGAGCAAAGCUCUUGGAUUCUUCGCCAUCCAUCAGCGUUGAGAAAGUUCGGGCAGAUAAUAUCUGCUUCCAAAGGGAAACAAAUUGUGAUGUUUCUGGAUUAUGAUGGUACUCUCUCACCGAUUGUUGAGGAUCCAGAUCGAGCAUUUAUGUCGAGAGAGAUGAGAGAAGUUGUGAGGGAUGUUGCUAGAUACUUCCCCACAGCCAUUGUGAGUGGAAGGUGCAGGGCCAAGGUAUAUAAGUUUGUAAGAUUAGCAGAACUUUACUAUGCGGGUAGCCAUGGAAUGGACAUCAAGGGACCAUCCAAAAGGAGAAAAUGCAACAAAGGAAAUCAAGCAGUGAUCUUCCAAGCUGCUACUGAAUUUCUACCCAUGAUUCAUGAGGUGCACAAAGCCUUGCUAGAGAAAACAAAUUCCAUCCCAGGUGCUAAGGUGGAAAAUAAUAAGUUUUGUCUAUCCGUACACUUCCGCUGUGUUGAUGAAAAGAGAUGGGCUGCAUUAGCAGAGCAAGUUAGGUUGGUGCUAAGUGCGUAUCCAAAACUUAAACUGACUCAAGGGAGGAAGGUGCUAGAGAUUCGUCCAAUUAUCAAAUGGGACAAAGGCAAAGCCCUUGAAUUCUUGCUAGAGUCACUUGGAUAUGCCAGCUCAAGUGAUGUUUUUCCUGUCUAUAUUGGAGAUGAUCAAACAGAUGAGGAUGCAUUCAAGGUUUUGCGCAAUAGAGGACAAGGGUUUGGGAUCCUGGUUUCUAGAGUAGCAAAGGAAACAAGUGCCACUUAUUCUUUGCAAGAACCAUCUGAGGUUAGGGAAUUUUUGCGGCUAUUGGUGGACUGGAAAAGAUUACCACUGCAUGCAAGGACAAUAGGGGCCGUAAACAUACAGCAAUAAUUGAUCCCA